AUGCGGGCGGUCGCUCGUCUGCUCGGCCGCUCCGCGCUCGCUGCGGAGCCGUUCCUGGCCGCUGCGGAGCCAGCCGCGCUGUUCUCGGCCGGUGCGAGGCCGCAGGGGGUUUCGACGACGGUGCGCGCGUUCGCGGCGCUGGUGCGCAGCAGCGCGGCGUUCCGCGCUCCUGUCAGGUCGAACGCGCUGAACGUGCCGUUCUCCCCCGCCACGGCGCACCCUGCCGAACAGCGCCGGGGCUACCCCUGCUGUCACGGCCUCGACAAGCCUCCGCCGGACAGGAUCGUAGUCCGCUACGACCCGGACGAGGUGGACCGCUACAUCGAGAUCGCGGACGCGCUCGAGGACGAGUUCGAGGACAUCAAGGUCGAGGGGUUCGAGGGCGCGAAGACGCAGUUCGACGUGGAGCUCGACGACGGCACGAAGCUGUUUGAGCGCAGUCCCCUGGAGGUGUCGUCCGGCACCUUCCCCACGGCCGAGGAGCUGUCCGCGCUGCUCAACUCCAUGGGGCAGCAGUGCGACCUGGACCAGGACGCCGCGGAGGCGCGCUCGGGCGACAAGUGA